AUGCCGCGAAAACGUAAAACGAAGAAGACAAAAGUGGAAGUUCAGAAGGAUGAUGAUGAAGAAUUAGAAGAAGAGUUGAAAAAUAAUGAACAACAAACGCCAAAAAAACCGCCAUCAAUACGUAGUCAAUUAAAUUUGUUAACUGUUCCCAUAUUGAAACAAAUUCUUCGAUAUAAUCAUCAAAAUCCAUUUGGAAUAAAACAAGUUUUACUAACUCGAAUUAGUUAUUUGGUUAAAAAUGGUGGUUAUCCACCAUGUCCCAAAUGUAAAUAUGGACGAUUAAAAUUAAGAAAACCAAGAAAAACAACUGAAACAAAAUAUUAUUGUCCUGGAUUUCCAUCGGGAUUUGGUGAAGGUGAUUCAUUUAUUCGCUGUAAUUAUGAAACAGAUGAUUGUACAAAAACUAAUUUUAAUUUUACAAAUCCAAUUCAUUCACAAAUUCGUCGUCAAUUACAAAAACUCUCUGUCUCAUCAUCAUUAUCUCCAAAACCAUCUCAAACACCUCCAUCAACUUCUUUAUCAAUUGGUCAAGAAAUUCAUGGCUAUAUUGUUAACGAAAUUGAAUCUGUACCAGAAUAUCGUUUAACAGCUAUUAAAUUACAACAUAAAUUAACUGGAUGUGAACAUUUGCAUAUUGAUCGUGAACAUAAGAACAAUGUUUGGAGUGUUGCAUUUCAAACAACUCCACGUGAUGAUACCGGUGUUGCUCAUAUUCUUGAGCAUACAUCAUUAUGUGGUUCAGAUAAGUUUCCUUGUCGUGAUCCAUUUUUUAAAAUGACAAAUAGAAGUAUGGCUACAUUUAUGAAUGCAUUCACAGCAAGUGAUUGGACAAUGUAUGUAUUUUCAACACAAAAUCAAAAAGAUUAUUUCAAUUUAAUGUCUGUUUAUCUUGACGCUGUUUUACAUCCAAAAUUAGAUCAAUAUGAUUUCUUACAAGAAGGUUGGCGUCUUGAACAUGAAAAUGUCAAUGAUUCAUCAUCACCAAUUGUUUUAAAAGGUGUUGUAUUUAAUGAAAUGAAAGGAGCAUUUAGUGAUAGUCAUCAGUUAUUUUCUCGACGUGUUCAAAAUAGUCUUAUGCCCGCAUCUACAUAUCGUUAUGAAUCGGGUGGUGAUCCUGAAAGUAUUCCAUCAUUAACAUGGAAUGGAUUAAAAGAAUUUCAUGCUAAACAUUAUCAUCCAUCGAAUAGCAGAUUUUUUACCUAUGGUACAUUUCCAUUAACAGACACAUUAGAAUAUUUAAAUGAUUAUUUAAUUAAUUAUACAAAACAACAAAAAGCUAUUACAUCGACAUUAUUAGAAGAGCCAAGAUGGAAACAACAGAAAACUGAAAGAAUAGCGUGUGCACCACAAUCAUUUGUUGUUGAUCAAGAAAAAACGACAACAGUCAGUAUUAGUUAUCUAUUAGGAAGUAUUCGUGAUGUAUGGGAAACAUUUUUACUUGGUAUUGUUGGUUCAUUAUUAGUUGAUUCAGAAAAAUCACCACUUUAUAAAAAAUUAAUUAUACCCAAUAUUGGUACAAAUUAUUCACCGGACACCGGUUUUGAUCGUAGUACAUUGAAUACAUCAUUUCAUGUUGGUUUACAAGAUAUAUCGAAUGGUGAUGUUGAUCGUGUUCUAAAACUAAUUAAUGAAACAUUUGCAGAAGUGGCGAGAGAUGGAUUUGAACAAAGUCAAAUUGAUGCUAUUCUACAUCAAAUUGAACUUGGAAUGAAACAUCAAGAUGAAAAUUUUGGUUUAAGAAUUAUAACUAAUUUAAUUUAUUCAUGGAUUCAUGAAGCUGAUCCAGUUGAAUCGUUAAAAUCAACAAAAUUUCUUGAUCGUUUCAAUAAAGAAAUAAAAAAAAAUCCAAAAUUAUUACAAGAAAUGGUUGAAAAAUAUUUUCUUAAUAAUCAACAUAAAUUAAUUGCCAUAAUGAAUCCGGAUGAAGAAUAUUCUGAGAAGAAAAAACGAAAAGAAAUGGAAAUAUGUCAAAAGUUAAUUAGUCAAUAUGAGAAUAAACGAGAUAUAUAUGAACAAGGUCUUGAACUUCAAAAACGUCAAUCAGCGCCACAAAAUGUCGACGUUCUACCUACAUUAGCUAUAACUGAUAUUGAUAAAAAUAUUAUACAAACACCAAUUAUUAAAACACAAAUAGGCAAUAAAUAA